AUGUCUUACAUGAAGAUAUUUUGGUGCUUAAUUGUAAGUGUUUUGCAACAAGGAUAUGGCCAGGAACUGGGCAAAUCACAGGCCAAUUCGUAUUUUUAUCUUAAACAAAAUGGUGGCUAUGAAUAUGCCUUCAAUACGGAUACGGGUAUGCAAAGUGCUCAGACGGCAGAUCAAUCCAAUGAAGUGACUGGUCACUAUAUGUACUAUGAGAAAGGGGUACCAUUUAUGGUUAAAUAUAGAGCUGGCGUUAAUGGUUAUCAACCGGAAAUUAUACCAGCAGAGAAACUAAUGAAUGGUAAUUUCAAUGAACGCAAAAUACAAAGUUAUACUGCUCCGGAUAAUUCAUUGAUAACACGUGACUUAAGGACACCAGUUCAUCAGGAAUCAAAUACAAAUGGAUAUCGUUUGACUUCGUCAAAUCUGCAAUCUCCCAAAGUGUCUGCAUAUAGCAUAGGAACAGAUUCAACAUUGAAUUUUGUACAAAGUGCCUUGAAAACCAUGCAGACGCAACCUAUGCAUAUGUCAUUUACCUCCGAAUUAGGACAAAUACAACAUCCUACUGUUCACUAUAGUACCACUUCUAGACCACCUGCCUCAACCAUCCUGCAACCAGUUACACGCAAUGAUGUACAGGAUAUUAACAGUUUAGCUUUGCUACCCUCCUCCUCAAUAGCAGAGUCAAAACAUCCCUACAGUUUCAACUACAAUGCCGAUCAGUCGGCCCGUUCGGAAACUUCUGAUCCUGCUGGCAAUGUUGUUGGCAGCUAUUCAUAUUACGAUGAGGCCGGCUAUCAUGACAUCUCCUACAAGGCCAAUGAUGAUACUGGUUUUGUGGUAUUGGGUGGCAAUUUAGCUCAUAAUCAAUUGUCUGCCCCCUCACAUCAACCCCAACGUAGACAAUUGUUUCGCAAUAAUAAUUUCAAUUUCAAUAACUAUAGAAUUGCACAAGAUCCACGCCUAAACACCAAUGCUUUAGAUGAACGUAAUUUGGGUAAACGUUCCCUGCGCAAUGCGGUAGAUGAACGUGAUACGGGUAAACGUUCGUUGCGUAAAUUCAGACGUUAUGCCAAGUGGUAAAGCAAUUUCUCUAUUCUUUAUACCUUUAUUAAGUGGUUUGCAAGUGUAUUUUCUUCGUUUAUUCUCUACCUUCUCAUGAAAACUGUGUGUGUAAUUUAUUGUGAAAACGUUAUGAAUUUAAUAGAAUUGAUUUAAGUAUUAUUUAAAAUAUUGAAAAUAAAGCAAAGAAUCAUAAUACAAAGAAGAUGUGAUUCCAAAAAUA